UUGUCGUCAAUUGUUGUUUCUUGUCACUGUUGUGCGAGUUGAUGCGAAUAGUGGCAAAUGGAUUAUGUAGUAGGGGUGUUGGGAAUGUAAUAAAUAAAUGAUAAAAAAACAGAUAGUUUAUUAAAAUGAAAUAAGAAUCGUCAUUUCUAAGAACAGUUUUGAUAUUUCGGAUGCAACAAGGGAGAAUAUGUAAAGUAUAGAAAUAACGUUUGAUCAUAUUCAUUCUUUAUUCUUCAUUGCCAAAUUGAAUGAUAUAAAGAAGAUGAAUUUUGGAGUGGAUUGGGAUGCUGAACAUCGACGUAUUUUGCUGGAUGGAAAUGCAGUAUUGGAACGUUCGGCACAGUCGGUCGCAAGAUCGCAAGUUGUCGCAGCAGAGAAUGAGCAAAUUGGUACAGAAGUGGUCUCUGAAUUAGGCGAACAAAGAGAUCGUCUUUUGCGAGCAAAACGGAGAUUGUCACAGACAGAUGAGGAAUUGAAUAAAACGAGAAAAAUUCUGAAUGUUAUGCGACUAAAGGUUUUGACAAACAAAAUUGUGCUAAUCUUGAUAAUUUUACUGGAAUUAGUUAUUCUUGGUAUAAUUGUAUACUUAAGAUUCUUCCAUAAAUGAAUCGUCUAUUCUUAAGCUUGAUAAAACUUA